ACCUUUGCCCUGGGAAUGGCCCUAUCUUUAACUAGUGAGCUGGGGCCUCAGGAGGUGUACACUGAGGAGAGCCUCUGGUGCAACGCUGCCCACGUGGCUGGCUACUACCCUCCUCUCCUGCCCCACGGCCAGUAUGGGGAUAACUUGGCCAGUUCUUCCCCGGGCAGCUCUCCCCCGGGUAGUUCCCCGGGUUUUUUUCAUCCUCUCAAGUCUUUGGGGAGGCCAUUGCUAAACUCUACUACGCUGCCUCACUUCGGUUUCAACGGGAUGCCCACUUUUCUGAACAACGGUCCGGCCCUGCCUAGAGAACCUUUCUAUAACUUGCCCCCAGGCUCUUUGCCCUUCUUUGGCAAUGUGUCCCCAGAGGACAACCGUCCUUUCCCCAAGGAGGGGUUGCUUCCCGUGGACAGCAGCAUCGUUGGCUCUGGCAGCGGCUGCGGCAGCGGCAGCAACGGCAACAGCAACAAAGAUUGUUCGGACAGUGGCCACGGCCUCAGCCUCAUCCUUCCUCUGGCCGAGACCUCGGUCCCCUGGCCAACCAAGCUCUUGUCACCCAAGAUCUCUCCGCAGUGGUUUAGCGGCCCUGCGCCCAGCCGGUUCUUUUCCUACUCCCCUCGAAAGAAGCGCUAUAUAGAUUCCGGCCCCAGCUCUCAGAGAACAGAGCUGGAGAACCCCCGGCAGUACGACUUCACCGAGGACGACUUGCGCCUAGUCUUGUACGGGGCUAUCCGCUCCCAGCAGCUGCCGGCUAGACUGCACUGCGCUAUCUCCGGGCUCCGGGUACCUCCAGACAGUUCAGGGGCAGAAUCAGUGAUUCAAUCUCUGGAUAAAGACUCCCUGAAGUUACCUGAAGGUCUGUGCAUACUGAAGACCAUGUGUGGUGACAUCCCUCAGUUCGGUGUAUUCUGCAGCAGCCUGGUUCCUAAGGGGAUUAGGUUUGGGCCCUUUCUGGGUAAAGUGGUCAACGCCAGUGAGAUCAAGACCUACGGAGACAAUUCCCUGAUGUGGGAGAUCUUUGAAGAUGGUCAUUUGAGUCACUUCAUAGAUGGAAAAGGAGCCAGUGGGAAUUGGAUGUCUUUAGUCAACUGUGCCCGUUUCCCGGAGGAACAGAACCUGUCCGCGGUCCAGUGUCAAGGCCAAAUAUCUUAUGAGAGCUGCAAAGAAAUCCUGCCCAACCAGGAGCUGCUGGUGUGGUACGGAGACUGCUACCAACAGUUCCUGGGUAUCCCUGUGAGUUUGAAAGUCCUGGACAAAGGGAAGCAGCCACUGGAGCCCCCCGAAGAAUCAGGAGAAAGUCACAAGUGUGAAAGGUGUGGCAAAGUAUUCGCCUACAAAUAUUACAGAGACAAACACCUCAAAUACACUCGCUGUGUGGACCAAGGAGACCGGAAAUUCCCCUGCAACCUCUGCAGUCGAUCCUUUGAGAAGCGGGACCGCCUUCGCAUCCACAUCCUACACGUCCAUGAAAAGCACAGACCUCACAAGUGCUCCAUGUGUGGAAAGAGCUUCUCACAGUCCUCCAGCCUCAAUAAGCACAUGAGGGUCCACUCCGGAGAAAGGCCUUACAAGUGUGUCUACUGUAACAAGGCUUUCACUGCCUCCAGCAUUCUUCGAACUCACAUCAGGCAGCACUCUGGAGAGAAACCCUUCAAGUGCAAGUACUGUGGCAAAGCUUUUGCCUCCCAUGCUGCCCACGACAGCCACGUCCGUCGCUCCCACAACAAGGAAGGUGGAGGCUGUUCCUGUGGGAUCUGUGGAAAAAUUUUCUCUGAGCAAGAGAAAUUCCGCUGCCACAUGAAGUUUCAUGGUGUCCUCUAGAACCUGGAGAGGGGCAUCAGCUUCUUCUAGCCCAUGAACUCAGUUUCCCUUCUGUGCUGGUUCCCACAAUUUCUUCAGUGAUUUAUCUGGGGUUGUCAAAGGUCUAGAAAUGCAGUAGGGUGCGAGUACCAGGGGGUGGGGGGCUGCUUGUUUUUAGCAUGGACCUACUAUGCCGUACUUGCAUAGCAGAGGCAUAGAGUUAUUUAUAUUGUCAUUAACAAAGGCACUCGAGGUGUCAAAUCAUCUUUUGAAGAUGUUUAUAUUGUAAUCAGCAAAGUAAGGAGGCCUUUUCUAAAAUAUUUGCUUUUGGACCCCCAAAAUGAAAUUGCCCAGCUGUCUUAUUUUCCUGUUCUACUUAGAAGGAAGUCUGUUCAAACUCAGAAUUUGCAAAUUCACUUAGGAUCGAAUAUGGAAUUAACAACUAGUAUAACUAGUUCUGUAAUUGAUAUCUAUCAUUCCAAAGUGAGCUUAAGGCCCCAUGCUCAUUAGAAUUCAUUUAGUGGUUGUGCUUAGGUGUUUUUCACAAGUGCAAGUAGAUUAUUCCUAAUUUAUUUGGAGAAAGAGAGCCGAAUGAAGAAAAUUUAUCUGUCUAACACACAUCCAUCAACCAUUUGAGGGAAAAAUGAUGACAGAAUAAAGAAAGCCCAAAAGAUGAUACUCAAGCUUCUUACUCAGUUCUGCUUUUAAAACAAAUUCACUCGUGAUGAAUAAUAGAUAAGUGAGUAUCUCCUAUUCUGCCGAGCUUCUGGUUCAUCCUAGGGCACAGAACUAUGGGAAAAGCAUUUAUAGCUGAAAGAAAGCACUUUGAAACAAAAAAGAAUGGUAGAAGAGUCACUUAGUCUUGGAGGGCCAUAGCAAACUCUCUUUACCAUAUUAAACUGAAAUGGGGAGGUCCACCUUGGGAAAAGGAUGCUUUACUGCAUAUACCCCACCAGAUCUACACUUCUUCAAAGAUAAAGAAUGCUGGACAACUGCAAGGUAUCGGGUAGCUUAAAACACUAAUGAGUGUUUUAAAUUUUGUCUACAUUUUUACCUGUGACUUGGGUGAGGGUUUUAGGCGAUGGUAGAUUUCAAAUGCACUGACACAAAGCUGGGAGGGAUUGUUAUUAUUUUGACUUGGGGAUUCCAGAAGAAGAGGAGAUGUAAUAAGGACACACACAUGGGUUAAAAGAAGACUGAAUUCCACAAGGACUUAUUGAAUAGCCUGUGUUGCUAUGGUGCUUUAAGAUUACCAAGCUUUUCAUAAGAGCAAAACAAAUGGCAGUUUAUUUCUGUUUUGAGAAUCCAUGAUUGGUGUGGUUCCUCCCUCCACUGACAGGUGCUAACCCUUGUCCUAAACUCAGUUUCUGUGGUUCGAAAGAAUUCAUUAUUUGGAGGCUGGCAUUCUGACAGAGCCUUUCCCUAUUGAGCUAGGCUAGACCAUUAACCUUCCAAACAUUUUCAUGCUUUGGAGAAGCCAAGGGACACAUAAUCUCUCCUACUAUUCUCUAAGUUGGUUGGAUGGUAUCUGCAGAAUUGUGUACAUACAGUUUCUUAGGUCAUCUUUUAGGAAAAGACAGGAAAGAGCACAUUCAGAUAAAGAAGAGGGGAUAGAGGGAUGGUAUGGGUGGGGGAAUGAUUUAAAAUCAUGCCAAUUAAAAAAUUGGUUGAAAAAUUUUGAUAUUUAAUUAUCCUAAAGAAGAGAUCACUUUGGGAUUGGCAGUACUCUUUCAUUCAAAUAUAUGAAGAAAGGUCUUUAGUUUUUACUCCAAAAGAACAAUUCAUGGAAACCCCAAAGAACAUUUCAAAUCAGUGUGAGGAAAAUCUUCCUAAUUGAACUUUCUGAAAAGUGUAAUGGGCUGUUUCAUCAAGUAGCAAAUUCCCUGUCACUGAUGGAUGACCGUUUAUUUUCAGAGAUGUUACAAUGAGGAUUCUCAUAUUGGACUAGAUGGUCUCUGAGGUACUUUCCAGCUUGGAAAUUCAAUGACAAAAAAUUUCCUUCCUUAAUUCUCAGAGAAGCAUGAAUAGCUGGUCACUGACAAUAGGCAUCACAUAUAAAUACACUUAAACCACAUUUUCCAGCUGGUACUUCUUGCCUUUCCUAUACAGUUAGGAGGACACUCUACCAGGUGCAAAUAUUGAGGCAAAUUAAGGUACUAUCUACAUUAGAAGGCUCCCUUCAGAAAAUCUGUAGACUUUUUAUAUUUGUGUGUGGGGGGAACGUGAUUUCAUUUACAUGUUUCACCUCUAUUUGUGUAGCCCCCAACCUAGUCAAGUUUUCUGUUAUAAUAAAUUUGGU